AGAAAAAGCCAAAAAAAAAAAAAAAAAAAAAAAAAAAAAAAAAAAAAAAAAAGAAAAUUAAUGGAUAGAGAGGGAAAUUUGGAGGCAGGAACCAUAGGAAUGAUAAGUCAAAGUAAAAACAACAAUGCAGAAGUCCCAAAUCUCACCGGUCAGCUCCACCACCUCCCUUGCUGUGUCAAAUACGACGGCCCUUGUGCCGUUUCUCACUAUUUCAAAUCCAAGCUCACCGGAAUGGAGACUGAAGGAUUGAUGGUGGAGGAAGCCUAUUUUAGAGGCAGGAAAUUGCAGGGUGCUACCAUUCCUAUUCCACCUGGCUAUUCCGGCUUUGUCCUUGGGAAGAAGGGUAUAAAGAAAAGAAAAGCUUGUGACUCCUCAGAAAAAAGUUCUGACUGUUGGGAGAUGAAUGCGACAUUUGAAAAUAUAACAUAUUGGAAUCAUGACAGCCUACCUUCACAUAAUGAUACUUUUUUGCGUUCCUUUCAUUGGUUAUCUGUUGCAGAAGCACUGCACAAGCCAGUGACAGCUGACGAUAUGGCUUCUGCAUCUAUCACUCUGGAGAAGAAGUGCUGAAGACUUAACAAGUUUGGGUAGUUUCUUGUCAGAUAUCUUGCUACUUCAGCCUUCCUAUCCCAGUAUAGGUUAAUUAUAUUUUACUUUUAAAUAGCAAAAUUCUCUCUCCGGUUACACAAACAUGGAGACAUGUGCAUAUGUAUUUAUGUUGUCUACAGUCUAUCCAAACUGGGCUGUCUGUAAGGUUAGCCUCUGAACUGAAAAUGGAUUGUUAAUUAAUGUAACUGUAGGUUUUGAUGAUAAUGUAGCACGACAAUCACUAAGCCCUCUUAGUUACCAAAUUACCAUCUGUUUUAGUUUUAAGAGUAUUAUGUUCACAUUUUUGUAUUCUUUUUACAAAAUUUUCUUUAUGCUAGUAAAGGAAAUUAAAUCUAUUCGUAUACUAA